AUGCUCGCUACCAGCAGCCCAUAUUCAUUCACAGCAACUGCUUCUCAAGACAAUAGUGGAACAACAGUUACUGGCAGUGCUACAGUUUCUAUUGCAGUUGCAUCUUCUCCUCUAUAUAUUGAGUUGUCUAAGGCUAUGCUUGGGCCUGAAAUGUAUUGAAGCUGAUGGCUCAAUCUUACUAACUUACAGCAUUUAUUUUCUAAAAAAACUACAGAUAUUUUAGGUAGAAGUAUAAAUAAAGCAUUCUAAAAUAAUUAGAAAAUUAAGGGAGUAAGCAGCAGCGAAGCAAAUAG